GUUAUUAUUCGUCCGUAUUAUUAUUGCCCGAUUCGGCUUCAACAUCCAAUUCUACAGUCGCCGUUCUUCCACAUCCAGGCCAGGGUUGAAGAGAGUUGAAUUUGAAUAUAUAAAAUGGGAAAGAGGAAGUCGAGGGCUAAACCAGCCCCCAAGAAGAGAAUGGACAAACUUGACACUGUUUUUGACUGUCCUUUCUGCUGUAAUUCAAAGAGUGUGGAAUGCCGGAUUGAUAUGAAGAACUUGAUUGCGGAAGCACAUUGCAAUGAUUGCAAAGAGAGCUAUAGCACAACUGCAACAACUUUGACGGAGGCUAUAGAUGUAUAUAGCGAAUGGAUUGAUGAAUGUGAACGCGUGAACAACCUUGAAGAUGAAGAUGAUUUAAGAUCCUACAAGAGGGGUAGGCAGGAAUUGGAUAAUGAUGACCUCGAAGGAGGAGAAGAAGAAGAAGAAGAUGAUGUAAGACCCUACAAGAUGCCUAGACGGGAACAGGAAGAAGACGAGGACGACCUUGAAGACGAAGAUGAUGUAAGACAGUACAAGCAGCCUAGGCGGCGGGAGUUCCUUCAAGAAGAUGAUGAUGAUCUUCCUAGGCGAGAACAAGUUGAUGAACUUGAAGACGAAGUAGAAGAAGAGUAUGAAUAUGAAGAUGAUGAUGUAGGAAUCCCAAAGAGGCCAUCCGGGCGCCAAGUCAAUGACCCUGAAGACGAAUACGAGGAGGAAGAAGAAGAUGAUUUGUAAGAGCUUUGAAGAAGAUGCCUGCCUGGUACUUGAACUUUAAUUUCUUUCUUUCUCCCCCCCCCCCCCUCCCUCCUUCCAUUAGUUAGUGCUUGUCUGACCAUCCAAUGAAGGUGUUUAUGGAUGUCCUGUUGUAAUUUCAGCAUUUCUAUACUAUUGUUAUCAUGUGACAUAGCAAUAAUACUCCCUCCGGUUCUAAAAACUUUUCAUGUUAUGACUUUUUUAUCAAACAGUGAUACUUUUUAAUCACAAAUUGUGAGAAAAGUAUUUUGAACUAAAAAAAGUCAAAACAUGAAGAAUUUUUAGGAUCGGAGGGAGUAUUAGUAAUAAUUUACCAAACCAUCUGGUUGUUUAUUAGCAUCAAAUACAAUGUAUGUCUGCAUUUGAUUGAUUCUGGAGUUUGCUAGCAAAGUUUCAUGGUA